ACCCCCUCCCGCUUCCCGGCAGAGCGCGGGCUUCUCUUAACCUUUAAAUUGCCCAAUAGAAUUCGCGUCUCCUCACUAGCCAAUCACAAGACGCUGAUGUCUAUAAAUGCCGCGCUCCGCUACCGCUCGCUCCACAGAUAAUUUCAGCUCGGGGCUAGGCGAGUGCUGCUGCGAGGAUGGCGCGCACGAAGCAGACGGCGCGGAAGUCGACGGGCGGGAAGGCGCCGCGCAAGCAGCUGGCCACCAAGGCGGCCCGCAAGAGCGCGCCGGCUACGGGCGGCGUGAAGAAGCCGCACCGCUACCGGCCCGGCACGGUGGCGCUGCGCGAGAUCCGGCGCUACCAGAAGUCUACGGAGCUGCUGAUCCGCAAGCUGCCCUUCCAGCGCCUGGUGCGCGAGAUCGCGCAGGACUUCAAGACGGACCUGCGCUUCCAGAGCUCGGCCGUCAUGGCGCUGCAGGAGGCGAGCGAGGCCUACCUGGUGGGGCUCUUCGAGGACACCAACCUGUGCGCCAUCCACGCCAAGCGUGUCACCAUCAUGCCCAAGGACAUCCAGCUGGCCCGCCGCAUCCGCGGCGAGCGCGCUUAAGCUCCUAGUAACCCGGUCUUUGUCAGGCUAUCGAAAACCCAAAGGCUCUUUUAAGAGCCACCACCUUGGCACGAGAAAGAGCUGUAAGUCUUUACCUUGGUUGGGGGGGGAAGGAUGUGUUUGGCUUUUUUAUUUUUUUUCCUUUUUGUGCGCUCUCAAAUUUAAUCAUGUUUCGGUAGGGUUCAGCGGGAUACGGAGCAAAAUAUAGAAGAUAAUUGCUAUUAUGUUAUUGUACUAAUUCUGAGUGCACGAAUCCUGUCUUUACUGUAGUUUUGCGGUCUAAUUCCUUUUCCUUUUCUGAAACGGGAAAAAGUUCGUUCCCGCACUCGGUCUGUAAGUUUUAUCAGCGUUCUAUCUAACAGUGUGAGUGUCCCUGCUAUGAGCGACUUUCCCUGGAUGUCGGCCCGUUCUCAAGGGGUUUUAGUUUAUCCCCGGGAGAAGGCUAACGUUUUCCGGGGGAGAGGGAGGGUGCGUCUCUGCAACCUCCAUUUUAAAAAAGUGCGCUUUGUGCUUCCGUGAGGAACAGUCGUGGGGUCCUUGAUGGUUCUGCAUAUCCUCUGGAUAGUCAGAGACGUCUAUUUGGGUCAGUUUUCUCCAUCUCUAGGUACUCUCGGCCAUAGCUGCUUAGAGUAUGGAGAAAAUAUUUUCCCUAGGAAUAUUGGGGGGGGGGGAAGGGGCGUGUUUAAAAAAAAAAUGGUAUCGAGGACAAAAUCCUUAUUAAAUUCUUACUAAAAUUCUGCAUCCCCCCCUUCUCAUCCAAUGACUGUAGGAAAUCCGUAUGGAAAAUAGGAUUUAUCACUGACUGGAUCUUCUGUUGUGUAGUUGCACAACCCGUUGCCUUCUGCUCAGCGAGCCUGUGGUUAGUGCCUUGAAAAUGUAUUGAAGUGUCUUCUGACUUUCUAAAUCUUUCAUUUUUUAAAUGUAAUUAACUCUGUAAUUUCGUGUGUUUGUUACAACAGAAAAUCUUAAAUCUUGGUUUUGUAAUUCCUAAAAUAAAGAGCUGUGACUUUAAGAAACCAUUGAA